UUCUUGAGUAAGAGGGGUAUGCGCGAAGGCAAGAACUUUACUGCACUUUUUAUUAGCGAUAAUUCAACAUACAAUUCACAACACAUCGAAAUGAGUGAUAUGGAAUAGUUUGAAUUGGUCUUAUUCUUUAAAUCGAUGGAAGUAUUUAUAAAUUGGUAGACUAAGAAGACUGGAAACAUGCCAGAGUGUGAGUGCGAGUUGAUUCACGUUCAGAUAUGUUGUCAAAUUUGAUAGCUACUAUGGUUUUGUUUAAACAGUGUCUAUGGGUGAUACAUUAACCCGUUUUGUCUGUUGAGCUGUUGUGGUGGAGGGAGAGUUGGAGGAGCCACAGGCCCUGCUGAAAAUCACUGUGCCUUCUUUGGGAGACUAAAACACCUGUAUCAGAAUCCUGAAACCUGGAAUAUGUCUCUAUUCACCUGUCCUUGGUUUCAUGUUACAUGUUUCAUUUACUUCAGAAACAACUAUCAGAUUAUUAUCAUGCAAAGCAUGUAAAAAAUAUUCAAAAUUCAACAAGACACUUUUGGCCCAUAUUUUCCUUGUUAUAAGAAAACGUAUUCCACCGCUUUCUGUUUUAUAUGCUCUCUUCAUAUUGACGCCCACUUCACAUUUAACCUUGUCCAAUCACACCUCAGGUCUUUGGCCAUGCUACUUAAGAGAAGUCUUAUCAUUUGUGGUGCAUUCUUAAUUGUAGCUUGGAUUGUCAUUCUUAUUUAUUACCACUUGGGGCGCCCUCCUAAUCAAGGGGAGCUUUAUAGCCAGGCUGCACCUGGGCAAAAAGCAGGAGGAGGCCGAUUUGGAAAUAUUGUCAAUGAAGUGAUGCGUGUAGCUAAUGAGUUUGAAGCCGAGCUUGAAUCACAGAAAAAAAUCCUAUUGCAAAUCCAGAGCCGAAGGUCACUUUGGGAAGACAACAAAGAAGGUGUGUCAGCUGCUAAGCCAAAAUCACAAGCAGAACAUUCAGCUCCUGUGGUGAUCCCUAUUUUAGUCAUCGCCUGUAACCGUGUGACAGUGAAACGCUGCCUUGACAAACUCAUUGAGCACCGUCCAUCAGCUGAGCUUUACCCUAUCAUAGUGAGCCAGGACUGCGGACACAAAGAAACAGCUGGGGUGAUUGCCUCCUAUGGCAGUCAACUGACCCAUAUUAAACAGCCUGUUCUUUCAGAUAUCUCCGUACCUUCACAGCAUAAGAAGUUCCAGGGUUACUACAAAGUUUCGAGACAUUACCGUUGGGCACUGAACCAGGUUUUCAACACGUUUUCGUACUCAUCUGUUGUGGUUGUGGAGGAUGAUUUGGAGGUGGCCUCUGACUUUUUUGAGUACUUCCGAGCAUUACAUCCCAUUUUAAACUCAGACCCAACUCUUUGGUGUGUAUCUGCCUGGAAUGAUAAUGGAAGGGAAGGAUAUGUUGAUCCUGGUAUAGCAAGUCUGUUGUACAGGACCGACUUUUUCCCAGGACUGGGCUGGAUGCUCACCAAGGACCUCUGGGCAGAGCUUGAACCAAAAUGGCCGGCCUCAUUUUGGGACGACUGGAUGCGCCUCCCCGAUCAGCGCAAAGACCGAUCCUGCAUUAGACCAGAAAUUUCCAGAACUUUAACGUUCGGCCGCAAGGGUGUGAGUUUGGGUCAGUUUUAUGAUAAGUAUCUCCGCUUUAUUAAGCUCAAUACCGAAUAUGUGGCUUUUACAAAAACGGACCUGUCUUAUUUGGAUAAGAAGAAAUAUGAUGAGAAUUUUGAAAAACAAGUUUACGAUGCUCCAGCUGUAACUGUGGAGGAAUUGCAGAGUGGGAAACUGUCUGGACCUGGCCCGUUUCGGGUGCAGUAUUCCAGUCCAGACAGUUUUAAAACCCUGGCUCGAAAUCUUGGCGUGAUGGAUGACCUGAAAUCAGGAGUCCCACGUGCAGGGUAUAGAGGUGUUGUCAGUUUCCUUUUAUGUGGAAAGCGGAUCUACUUAGCGCCACCGGCUGGUUGGACUCAGUAUGAUCCAAGCUGGAGUUAAAAAAGAAAAUAAGAUUUGAAGUUGCAAAGUACAUGAGAUAUAUAUUUCAUGCUCUUGCAUGUUUCAGCCUAUCUUCAGGAUCUGUUUCCAUCAUUUCCUUCACAUCUAUCAAAUCACUGCACAUGUUUGAGUUCAUGUCUUUAAAUUCCAUUUUCUUAGAGAGGUUUCAGGAUAAACAUACCAAAGAUAAUAGUAGAUAAAUGAACCACUUUUUGCCUCAGGUUCCAUUAUUUGUUUGUAUAAAGAGUCAAAUAGGAUUUUACAACUAUAUUGUCAUGUCACCAAACUGAUGUCUUAGACUGAAAAUCUAAACACAAAAUAUAUUUAAGAAAGAAACAAACACUUGAUUUAAAACUGUGAAUACUGCCCCAAGUGCCUAAUAAAUGUAGGAUUUUUGAUUCACUUGUACUGUGUGUCUUAAGUUGUGUGUACAGAUCAUAGAAUUGUAAUUUAAAUAUCCAUCCAUCCAUCCAUCUUCAACCGCUUAUCCGAAGUCGGGUCGCGGGGGCAGCUGCUCCAGCAGGGGGCCCCAAACUUCCCUAUCCCGAGCCACAUUAACCAGCUCUGACUGGGCGACCCCGAGGCGCAAACCACCUCAACUGACUCCUUUCAACGCAAAGGAGCAGCGGCUCUACUCCGAGCUCCUCACGGAUGACUGAGCUCCUCACCCUAUCUCUAAGGGAGAAGCCCGCCACCCUUCUGAGGAAGCCCAUUUCGGCCGCUUGUACUCGCGACCUAGUUCUUUCGGUCAUGACCCAACCUUCAUGACCAUAGGUGAGGGUAGGAACAAAAAUAAUGUAAUUUAAAUAUGUAGGAUGUAUUUAUUAGAUACCUUAAAAGCCCAGACUGUUUGACCAUUUUAUAUGUUUGUUAUGUUAUAAAAUACCAGAAUGUUGUUC